AUGAAGCACAUAGUCAACCUCGCCCUCGCGGCAGUCUCUGUUGGCAACGUUACCUCGUCGCCUCUUCAAUUGGAAGUCACCCAAAACGACAGCAACAUCGUACCCUACAUCGACUCUAGCCUCCCGAACCACACCAUCUACUUCCCGACCGGCGUUCCUGUCGCUGACUCGAGCAAAUUCCCUGUUCUAAUAUGGGGCAACGGCGCCUGUAACAUUGAUGGCACAUCGAACCAAGUCUUUCUCAAGCAUGUAGCUGCGAACGGGUUCCUCGCCAUCUCCGAGGGCAUCAUGGCACCAGACACGUCCAACACGACGCGGGACACAGCCAUGAGCAUGCAAGGCCCAUCCAAUGACAAGACCAUGAAGGCAGCUAUUGACUGGGUUCAUAAACACGCUGGAAAAGGCAAAUACACAAACGUCGAUGCAAGCAGGCUCAUGACAGCGGGCUUCUCAUGCGGCGGGCUUGAGGCUGCUUAUAACUUCCCUGACGACCGAGUUGCUACUGUCGGCAUUGUUAGCUCUGGCAUUGCCGAUGAGGAUAAGCAGUAUCUAGCAUCUACAUGGAAAAAGCCAGUUCUUUUCGUUAUGGGUGGCCCGAAGGACCAAGCAACGCCCAAUAAGGGAAUUCUGCCUCUCGGCCACGGCGGCGACCUUUGGCAAGCCAACGGUGGAAUGUUUGGCAAGGCUGUGCUCGACUGGGCACUGUGGAAUCUCAAGGGUUCUCAGGAUGCUGCUCAGUAUUUCAAAAGCGGAUGGCAGGUUGAUGGGUGGGAUGUGCAGUCUGCGGACUUGGAUAAGCUGAAGCCAGUUGGAAGACGUCUUUAG